AUGGCCACCUUAACAGCAGAAAGACUUGUCAAGCUAGCAUACAAGUACCCGACUCUCCACAGCAACUGGUAUGUCUUUGCCUCGACAACGCUUACUGUUGUGAACCAGCCGCAGGAAAUCGGCAAGGUGCUUCAUUUUGCGUUGAGACAACAACUCCUCGAAUCAUCAAUGCAGAAAUCGCUCUUGACCGACACAUAUUUGUUGCAACUAGCAGAAGACUCUAUUUCAUCAGCAGCAAAGUUCGACGACCUUACAGCUGUGGGUGUGUCAUUACCCGAUGUGUUGAUUCCCCACACUUAUCACGACAAACUUCCGCUUGCAUACAAAUACCAGCGAAGCGAAGACAUCAGAGCAGCGCAGUCCAUAGUGGCCAGCAAAAUCAGAGAGGCCAUUCUCAAAGCUGCACCUAUAGCUGGCUUGCCUAAGCUGAUCAAUGCGUUGACCGCGUUGAAAAAAGUGACUCCCAAUAGCAUACGUGCGGCACAGAAAUCUUUGCGUCCAGCUACUGUGAAUCCUGGCCAUGUACUGUCUUCAACGUUAGUUCAAGAAGAUGUGGCUGGGACACGCUUUGAAGAUCUGCAAAUCUCUACGUACGAUACAUUGGAGGGCCCAGUAAGCGAGGACUGUGUCAACGACAAGCAAAUUGUGGACAAUAUGGUUCGCGGCCUGGAUUUUUGGCUGUUGGUAUAUGGGAAGGUGAGCGACAGGGUAAGGACGCAGAUGUAUGACGCCUACCCAGACUUGUGGCAGUAUGCUUUCCAUAAUGUGUACUCGCCUCUAUUGAGCUUCACCGGAGUGUUGGGACCCAAAGAAACUUCGUUCUGCGUCAUUUCAGCAUUGAUCCCACAAGACGUUAAUCCCACGUUGAAGGGCCAUUUAAAGGGAGCGUUGAACGUUGGUGGAACUCGAGCAGAGCUCAACGAAAUCCGUCUUAUGGUAUUUGACGUGUGUGACUGGAGCGGGAACGUGGUUUGGAAAGAUGGGAAAGACAGCGUUGCCAAGUUGUAA